AGUGCUAGAGCCAUGGCCCAGCAGCAGGAGCAGCUGCUGCAGCUGCAGAAGGACAACCGCGACGGCCGCCUGCGGAAGCAGGAGCUGGAGGAGCUGUUACGUGUGCUCGAGGCCGAGAGCGAGAGUCUUACCAGGCACCUGGACGAGCUGCGCGAACGCGAGCGCAGCCUGCAGCGCAGACGGAGCCAGACGCUGCGGACCAUCCGCGGCGAGGCGCGCGAGGCGGCGAAGGAGCGCGCACAGCGGGCGCAGGACUUGCUGGACGUUGCAGAGCAGCACAAGCAGGACCUGGAGCGACACAAUCGGCAGCUGCAAGAGCGGUGGGAGGAGCUGUCCAGUCAGCUCUUCUACUACGGAGGGGAGCAGCUGAGCCAGCAGAGAACCAAGCAGCAACUAGGGACCCAGCUGGUGGCACUUCAGAAACAGCUGGAUCUGGCGGAGGCCAAGUUCAUCACGCAGGCUGAGGACCUGCGGCAGGGCACGCAGCGGACGGAGGAAGCCUGGGCUAGCUUCCAGGAACAGAGCGGAGUUCUGCAGGAGCUGCAGGGGAAGGUGAUGGAGGCGGCCGCGGCGCUGGAAGCUUCCCGGGGCAGCUCGGAACGGCUGGACUCGUCACCUCGCCGGGUGCAGGGCUGCGUGGGCUCACUCAUGGAGGAGGUGGCCAGGGCUGACCGCGAAAAGCGGCUGCUCGGCGGUGCGGGCGCGGGGAGUGUCAGGCUGUGGGCGCUGAACGCACUUCAGACGCUGCUGCUGCUGCUCCCGCUCGCCUUCCUGGUGCUGCCACUGCUGUACUUGGCGCUGGCCAAGCCCGAAGCCAUCGGUCCCCGGCUGCGGCGCCUGGGCUCGGACGCAGCCCUGCGCCGCUUGCGCUACAUGCUUUCGCCUCUGCUAGAGCUGCGCGCGCGAGAGCUGCUGCCCGCCUAGGGCGCAUCACGCCGGACUUGGCCACACACCUGUCUCGCGUGUGCUUUCUGGGGUCCCGUGGAUCCCCAGGGGUCGGCCGAGGUGGGGGUUACCUGUCCUGAGCUCUGGGCGGGAAAGAGGCUCUGACUGCUCGUUUCCUCUGUGGGACUUUGGCCUCUUUGACCUUGCUGCAUAUGGUCAUCUGGGUCCCCGCAGAGGCCGCGGUUCCCUUUUAAAGGUCCCGAUCCUUUGGUUUCUGGACACCUGAGCACACCUGGCAGUGAACUUUGUGGGCAAUGUUUACCCAUGUUCUUAGUGCAGGGGAUCCCCACCUCUCCAGGUAGUGUCUCUAGCCCAGGCUGACCUGGAACUCAACUUUGUAGUCUCAGGCUGGCCUUGAACUCACAGUGAACCUCCUACCUCAGCCUCCAGGCUCUUGUUUUAUUCUGUUACUGCUAGUUUUAUUAUAUUUAAUUUUGAUUUCGUUUUACUGGGGGAGGCUCUUGAAUGCUGGGAGUAAAGGCAUGAGCUACCAUGCCUGGCUUGAGCUUUUUUUUUUUUUUUUUCCACCUGGGAGGUAGGGGAAGAAGGAUGGAGCUUCAGCUAUAGAGUUCAAGGCCAGUCUGGGAUGGCUUAGCGGUUAAGCACUUGCCUGUGAAGCCUAAGAACCCCGGUUCAAGGCCCGAUUCCCCAGGACCCAAGUUAGACAGAUGCA